AUGCACCUGUCCACGCGCACAGACAGGUGGGCGCUCAUGGGCAGCCUGGCUCUGUGGGCGGUGGCUGCGGCCGCUCUGCUCACUUCCUGUCCCGAGGUGGUUUACGGUCACCGGGGCAACGGAUGGAUCACCGUGGAAACGCCCCCCUCCUCGUCCCUGGACCAUGUGACGCCUCCAGAGAAUCGUUGGUCACGUGACAAAAGUGGGCGGAGCCGAAUAAGGUCAAUCGAGCGCUGUGAUGUCAUCGAUCUACGGUCAGUUACUCCAGAGUCUAACCUGACGCCGACCUCUCGUGUCUCUCCAGCCCCGUCGCCCGACGCGCCCGCCGACGCCGCGCCCGUGGUGGACGAGGCGCCCGACGAUGACCCGUGUCGCCGCACCUCUUGCGGCCGGGGGCGGGAGUGCGUGGUGCUGCCGGAGACCAGGCGCGGCGAGUGCGUCUGUCAGGAGCGCUGCCGUCCCUCCUUCGUCCCCGUCUGCGGAUCCGACGGGAACUUCUACGAGAACCACUGCGAGGUUUACCGCACGGCGUGUCUGCAGAGGAGGAGGAUCUACGCCGUCCACAGCAAAGACUGCUUCUUCACAGGAAACGCCUGCACCAUGUCCGAGUACAACCGUCUGAAGAGCCUCCUCCUCGACCUGCACCUCCCCGCGCCUCCUCAGGGCAAACAGCGGGGGGCGAGCUCACGGGAGAGUCACGCCGACAUGGACCAGAGGAGGGCGCUGGUGGACGCCAUGUUCAAACACCUGGACGUGAACCAAGAUGGCCGCCUGGUGAGCGGCGAGCUGGAGAAGAUCCGCCUGACGGAGCACUUGGAUGAGAACCUUAUGGAGUGCACCACACGGGACCUGCUCCGCUACGACGACUACAACAACGACGGGCACCUGAGUCUGCACGAGUUCUACACCGCCUUCCAGGUGGUCCAGCUCACGUUGCCGGAGGAGCAGCGGGUCAGCGUCUCCACGGUGACGGUGGGGCUGAGCGCGGUGCUGACCUGCGCCAUCCAGGGCACGCUGAGGCCCCCUAUCAUCUGGAGGAGGAACGGCAUCGUGCUCAACUUCCUGGACCUGGAGGACAUCAACGACUUUGGAGACGAUGGUUCUCUGUACAUCACUAAAGUCACCACCAUCCACAUGGGGAACUACAGCUGCCACGCCUACGGCUACGAGCGCCUGACGCAGACGCACGUGCUCCAGGUCAACGUCCCUCCGGUCAUCCUGGUCUAUCCAGAGACGCAGGCCCAGGAGCCGGGGGUGUCGGCCAGUCUGCGCUGCUACGCCGAGGGCAUCCCGGAUCCCAAACUCACCUGGCUCAAGAACGGACUGGACCUCAAACCCCGCUCCUCCAAGCAGCUGUCCCUCAUCGCCAAUGGGAGCGAGCUGUUGAUCGGGAGCGUGCGGUACGAGGACACCGGAGCGUACACGUGCAUCGCCAAGAACGAAGUGGGCGUCGACGAAGACAUCUCCUCCCUGUUUGUGGAGGACUCGGCCAAGAAGACGCUUGCAAACAUCUUAUGGAGAGAAGAAGGUCUGAGCGUUGGAAACAUGUUUUACAUUUUCUCGGACGAGGGCAUCACCGUGUUACAGCCGAGCGAGUGCGAGGUGCGACGGCAGAUGAAGAGGAGAGACAGAGUCAUCGCCACGAACACGGAGAUCUGUCCUCCCGUCUCCUCGUCUCCGUCUGACUCGUGCGUGUGGUCGUCUGCGGUGAACGUUCGUGAUAAAUACAUCUAUGUGUCUCAGCCGCCGCUGAGCCGCCUCCUGCUGCUGGACGUCCAGGCCCAGAAGGUGGUGCAGGUGGUGGCCACAGACCCGUUCCCGGUGAAGCUGCAGUACGAUAAGUCACAUGACCAGGUGUGGGUGCUCACCUGGGGCAGCGCCGACAGGACACGCCCCUCUCUGCAGGUGAUUCCUCAGGCCAGCGUGGGCGAGGUGCAUCACGCCGUCCGCACAACCUUCCAACGAGUCAACGACAUCUUCAUCCCUCCCACCAACCUCAUCAUCACCCACGUCAGGUUUGCGUUCCUCUUCCUGAAGAACGAACCGGCCGUGCACAAAAUCGACCUGGAGACGCUCCAUCGGGUCAAAACCAUCAGCCUGAAAAACUACAGCUGCGUCCCUCAGAGCAUGGCGUACACCCACAUGAGCGGCGUUUACUUCAUCCACUGCCAAAACCUCCACAAAAACUCCUUCAAAAACCCUCCGCCUCCUCAGCUGCUCGUCGACAGCGUCACCGACACCGUGAUCGGACCCAACCUCAACCUCUCGGGGCAGGCGUUCGUCUCCCAGGAUGGCCGCUUCGUCGUAACUCCGCAGACGCAGACUUCGAAGCUAACUGUCCAAACUGUUUCGUUCCAAGGAGAGCUAAGGCUAAACCAGGAAUUACACAACCCUUUGGCUGUUUCCGAUUUAGUUUUCCAACCUUCCUUCACGGAAUCCAACCAGCAUCUAGUGGUGGCGACGUCCGGAACGGGAACGGAUUUGCUCUUCGGAGACCUUUCCUCGGGAAGCGUGGAAGUUAUAAAGAGUCUAAAAUACCCGAUAUCGCCGAAGGACUGGCCGUGGGGCGGGCCGAAUCGCGUGGUCGUUUCGAGCGGACCCUUUGGACAAUACCUGGUCACGCCUUCUUCGGAGUCGAUUUUCGUUCUCAACGGGAAGCAGAGAACGCCGCACUGCGAAGUUUCAGACAUUAAACGAGGGAACACAGUAGUUUGGGUCGGAGAGGUAUGAGUCACGACAAACCAGGUUCAUUUCUAACGCAAUGGAAAGACGGGAAGGAAAAGAGGGAUGACGAUGACGGAGAUUUACAUGGACUCAACCCUAGAACUGAGCGGCGAGGAUGUUUUGGGUUUAUUGUAUCAAAUUAACACUAAAAUAGACAAAACAUAAGAUUUGAGACGUGGGAGAAAGUGUCUGUUCAUCGCUGCACUUCCUUCCAUGUUCCACAGCAAAUAGAGGGUUUUAUUAUUACCUACGAGCUAUGCACAACGAUCACUUUUUUUAGUAAACGUAAAAAGCUUUGGGAGUUUAUCUGGAGUUGAACUUUCCGUGUCUCACCCGUGCUGCAUACUUAGUCACCCGCACCUGUCUAUGUAAAUGUGGUCUUUCAAAAACUUCGACUUCGAUUUGUUUUUCUUUGUCUCGUAUCUCCGCCUCCACGCUGCAGAGGGCGCUGUGAUUCUUCUUAUGCACAUGUGUUUCCGUACGUGGUUGACCCAAAGAGCCUGAGUGGUCGGU